AUGUUGAGCAUGUCACAUUUCAGAGCUGUAAGCUAUCGGGCCAGUCUUCAUUCUGCGGUUUUGGCCCGCACUUUCGGUCGUGUACGGUCAGUGAGUACAGUGGUAGACGGUUCGGGAACUCAAACUGUCGAACAUGACAGCUCAGAGACUCCCUUCACACAACAGGAAAUGCAGGAUUUGUCAAACGUUUUUGUGCAGCCUGAAAUUAGUAUAUUUCCCUCGAUCCAUGAUGUAAAACCUGAGGAACUGGUCGGACAUGUUCCCUUUGGUGUGAAAUCAUAUUUCGUGGAAAGGUCAGCAACUGGGAACUUACCAGUCUACACGGAUGUGAAAAGAGACGGCAAAAUAGUCACUGAGAUCCGGAAAAUUCGUGGUGAUCCUGUACAAUUGAGGAACGAUCUGCAAAACAGCUUAAAGCACAUUCCAAAGAACGACUUCAAAGUUUUGAUGGAAUCGAGGAAAGUGGUCAUACAGGGCGACGUUGUGAAGCGAGUCAAGCAGGUUUUGUCAACGACUUUCUGA